AUGGAAAGAAGAAAGAACCGAGGGCAGAUCCAAGACCUGCCACCGCCAGUCGUCGUUGACGAGGAGAAUGAAUGGGAGUUCGACAGGAUUAUCGCUGUACGCCUGCGCUACCGCAAAUCUCAGUAUCGUGUGAGGUGGCUUGGUCAAGGAGAUGAAGAUGAUGACGCAUGGGAUCCUGCAAGGAAUUUCAAGAACGCGCCAGAGAAAAUCAUGGAAUUCCAUCGCUGUCACCCAGAUCAACCAGGGCCGCAGAAACGGCUAGCUUUGUGGGCAGAAGCCGCGCUGAAUGACCAGUUUGAACCCGAUCAUCCUGAUGGUGAUAGACCUGAUGCCGUGUACAGACCUGGUGGGCCAGGUCCUCUUGAGGAAGAGGGCAAUGUGACGGUCUGA